GGGCGCAAACUGCAUAGCAUCUUGAUAACCGGCUAGCUUCCCACGUCGUUUGCAACGAGGGGAUUGGUCAGGUUUCAUCACACCUCUCUCUCUUCAACCUCAACCUUUUUUCUUUCUCUCUCCCUAAUCACAGGCUUCUCAGCCCACAUCAUCAAAAUGGACUCCGUACCAGCCCAGACGCACCAGGGCUUCAAGGAAGCGGGUGCUGCUUCUGCCUCUCACCUCACAACAACCACAUCUCUACCGACCAAGGUUGAGUCACGGACAGCAGUGAUGGAGGCUCUGGAGGAUAUCGUCUACGGAUCUGCCGCCGGUAUCGUAGGCAAAUACAUCGAAUACCCCUUCGACACAGUCAAAGUCCGCUUGCAAUCCCAACCCGACCACCUUCCCCUGCGGUACACGGGUCCCCUCGACUGCUUCCGCCAAUCCAUCCGCGCCGACGGCUUCCUCGGUCUGUACCGGGGCAUCUCGGCCCCGCUCGUCGGCGCCGCCCUCGAGAACUCGUCCCUCUUCUUCUUUGAGCGCAUCGGCCGCAGUCUUUUGUACUCAUCCGGCUUCGCCCCGCGCGACUCGGAGCUCUCGCUGUCCGCCCUCUGGUUCACCGGCGGCUUUUCCGGCGCCUUCACCAGCCUCAUCCUGACGCCCGUGGAGCUAGUCAAAUGCAAGAUCCAAGUCCCUGACGAACCUGGUGGUGGCGGAGCAGGAGCACGACAGCGGCAGUUGAAGCCGAUCCCCGUGAUCAAGGAGAUCUUUCGGCAUGAAGGACUACGUGGGUUCUGGCAUGGGCAGCUGGGCACGCUGAUUCGCGAAGCGGGCGGUUGCGCGGCCUGGUUUGGGUCCAAGGAGACUACGUCCAAGUGGUUCCGGGGAAGGAACGAGCGAGCCCUGCUGAAGCGCGGCGCAAGCCAGGAGGAGGUGUUGGCGAGUAGGGAGAGGCCUCUGCCGCUGUGGCAGCAGGCGAUUGCGGGGGCGUCGGCGGGCAUGAGCUAUAAUUUUCUGUUUUUCCCGGCUGAUACGGUCAAGAGCAGGAUGCAGACGAGCCCGAUUGGUGGUGGAGGGGAUAAUGGAGGAAAAGCGGCGACGAUGCCCAAGAAGAGUUUUGGCGAGGAGGCGAGGGCGUUGUGGAAGCAGGCGGGCAUCAAGGGGUUUUAUAGGGGGUGCGGGAUCACGGUGUUGAGGAGCGCGCCGAGCUCGGCCUUCAUCUUUAUGGUGUAUGAUGGGUUGAAGAAGUAUUUUCCUAUGGCUUGAGGAGGGGGUUCGUACAUUUUC